AUGGCGGCCUGCCGGGGAUCCUCGUCCAAGUGGUUCUACACCCGGGAGCAGCUCGAAAGCACGCCGUCUCGUCGAUGCGGGGUAGAACCAGACCGGGAGCUCUCUUACAGACAGCAGGCGGCGAAUCUGAUCCAAGACAUGGGCCAGAGACUCAAUGUCUCCCAACUCACAAUAAAUACAGCCAUUGUUUACAUGCAUAGGUUUUAUAUGCACCACUCUUUCACCAAAUUCCAUAGAAAUAUAAUAUCUCCAACCACAUUAUUCUUGGCUGCUAAAGUGGAAGAGCAACCCCGGAAACUCGAACAUGUGAUCAAAGUGGCACAUGCUUGCUUAAAUCCUCAAGAACCACCGAUGGACACUAAAAGUAACGCAUACCUCCAGCAAGCUCAAGAGCUGGUGAUACUUGAAUCCAUAGUGCUGCAGACCCUGGGCUUUGAAAUUACUAUUGAUCACCCACACACUGAUGUGGUGAAAUGUUCCCAGCUAGUGAGAGCAAGCAAGGAUCUGGCACAGACUUCCUAUUUCAUGGCUACCAACAGGUUGUUAUCCUGCCCCUCCUUUGUUGCACUUUGACUGCACACCAUAGCUUCCUGUAAUGCAGGGUACCCUUUCGGUGUCCAACGGGC